UUUCCCUUUUCUCUUCCUCUUCCUCCCCGAGUCCUCUCCUGCUUGACUACGCACCACCACCGCGUGUCCUACAGCCGCCGGCCGGCGCGCCAUAGCUCACCGUCGUCCGCCCGGCGCCUCAAUCCCCGGCCCACGAGCAUCGCCGCUCCCGUUCUCCCGUGUCGCGGUCAUCUCGUCCCUACUGCUGCUGGCGUCCUCCACUCCGUCCGCAAAUCUCUGGCCAUUGAGGUUUCGAGCGCAAGAUCCAUCUUUGCUGGAUUGAAUUUUAGGGCCGGGAUGGACACCACCCAAUUUGCCAUGAUUGAGGAGCUUGCCUCGCUCAUCAAGGACAACCUCUACAGCAAGCACCUCGUCCUCUCCACCGAGGAGGCCCUCGUCGCUCUCUUACAGCAGCAUUACCAAGACGACGACGAACAUGAUCGCAGCGCACAUCAUGGGGCAAUUGGGAGUAAUACCAUAGAGCUCCAGCCCACCAGCUCCUACAACCGCCUUCUUUUGCAUCGCCUUGCUGACAUCUUCGGGUUCGCUCAUGAAUCCGUUGGCGAGGGCGACGAUCGACAUUUAGUUCUCCAACGCUGCCCUGAAACAGCCAUCCCUCCUGUCCUUAUCAGUGAUGUGUUAUGGAAGUAUGACGACGGCAAUGGUUCUUCAGCUUCUGUUGUGCUAACCAGAAAUGAGACAGAUCUUCAGAACACUUAUGAGGCUGAAGAUGUCCAAGACACUAUUUCUUUUGAAAGCCUGAAUCUGAAAACUGAUACAGGUAAGCGUGUAGGUUUAGAAAACAAAGAACCAGAAAACCUUGUUCUUUCAGAUGUGAAGCCCUUGCAGCAUCCAGCGCCACCUUCAGCAGCGUCACUAAAGGAGAGGGAAGCUGCUUACCGAGCUGCUCGUGAGCGAAUCUUUGCUACCCAUGAAACCAAGGAAAAGGACACUUCCGCAGCAAAAUCUAGGCAUGUUCCUGCUGUUGCUCAACGGAUGAUCGCGCACGCACUUGGUAAAAGAGUUGAAGAUCCAAAAGAGAGAACUGCCGUGGUGAAAAACAGAGGGAAGGAACCGGUAAAUGGACGAUAUGUCCAGACAAGUAGCACGAACAACCUGUGUGCAGAUAAGCCAGGUAGUAGAGAGAAUCAUGUCGGGAGGUGCAACUCAAGCUCGCCUGACGGGAAUUCGUAUCGGAGCCCAUCUGCUCAAACCCGACAGACAUCUAGUGUUAGUGCCGAAACGUUGAAGAAAGAGCAGACUGGAGCGGCCAAAAGGAUGUUUGCGCAUGCGUUGAGGCUGCCUGGCGUUGAAGCGAGUGAUAGUGCCGCACGGAGAUCCAAAUGAAAUAAAAAAGGCUGGCGAUGAAUUUGAUACCGAGCGAAUACGUGUGAUCGAGCUGGGGCUGGCUUUUCCAUGUGAAGGAAAUCAUAUGGAGCUGGAAGUCCUUGCUUUGCCAGCGUCCUGCUUGCAUGGAAUGGCACUGUGUGAUGGAUCUUAGAAGCAGAUGAAAGCUACGGUCGGCUGUUGGGACUCAGCCAGUGGGAGGACAUUGCGCUGUUGUAUUGGUUCGCUUCCCUCUAUCAAGUGGAGUCUAGUCGGAGAGAAAAACUGAAAGCAAAUGGUGAAUUGCCAGGAGCGUCUCUAUGCGUACCAAGUAGUAAGCAAUGCUAUUAGCUGUUUGCCAGCAGAAAGAAGCCUUCUUGUCAUUGACCAAGUGAUCCUGCGAGUGUGUUUGGCUCUCCAACAUGCUGUGUCUAUAUUUAUAUGGUUAUAGCUAGGAGUUGGGAGUGCACACCAACUCCAGUGGGCAUUGUAUCUUAGUUUGGUUUUUCUCAAUGGUUUCCCCCAUAAACUUGUUUACAGUUUUCAUGUGUCAAGUUCAUUCUGCAGUGUUUGUGACAUCCUAUCCCUUGUUCAGGAUCUGAUUUCGUUUCCGGUGCUAUUUGUACUUUUCUUGCAAAAGGGGAAAAAAAUCACUUCAUGCUGGUA